GUGAAAUGAUGAAAUGUGUUUUUAAACCGGUGCAAACAAAUGUAAACACAUCUUAUUUUGGAAUAAUAAACAACAUUAUUUGGGAUCGUUGCCUUUGGUGUAUUUAAGUUCAUUUAAAAACCAAAGCCAGGAUGCCAUUAUUUCAAGAUGGGACGUCAUGUGACAACAGUCAUGCUCUUGACGAUAUUGAAGACAUAAUUUUAAAAAAUACAGACUUCGAGCAGCAGCGUCCGACUAGUAGAAGCCAUAUCGUCCCCCGUCCUCGAUCAAGGAAAACUAUUAAAUCUUCAUUAGUAAUAUCAAAUGACAAAGAAAAAAACCUCCAUUCCGAUGUCACAUAUGAAGGGGGUCAAAGGGACAGUUAUGUUCCAGGUAAUAGUCGUAGCAAAUUAAUCAAUAGUGGCAAUAGCCAACUAACUAAUAGUAGUAAUAGUAAUAUUAAUAGGCAUAGUAUAGGCUUACUCCUCUACUUAUAUACUUAAAAUUUUCAUAUAAGACAGUCUAAGUAGUUCUGAGUUAAGUCAAAUGUAACACAAAGUAGGGAAAUGAGUGUCUGCACAGAUGAAUUCUGUUUUUUUCCUUUUUUUGUUGUUGAUGUUUGUGCUAUUUCAUUCAUGAAAAAUAUGCUAAUCACUACCACUCCAGUUUCAUAUAUUCAAAAAUCAUGUUGUUCCUGUUUGAUGUGCUAUUUAAAUGGUUUUUCUUUUAUUGAUGUCUGUUGACGUUACUGUUGAGAGAUUGACAGUGGAGAGGGGCCAUUGGGUUUUCGGUGGCAUAGAAAGAGAGAGUGGGUGCUGUUUUCCAUCAUUGAAGUACCAAACUGACUGUGCGAUCACUUAACAAAAUGCAUAGAGAGAUAUAUUCUUCCAGGCUCACUUAUUGUAUCAGACGGAUGCGUGGCUUAUGCAAACAUAAACCAGAUCAGACACGGAAUCUACCAACACUCCUUUGUGGUCCAUGCCAUCAACAAAAAGAGUGUCACUACAAAUGAUGCUGGUGUCCAUACACAGAAUGUUUACAUUUGGAGAUGCGCUCAAACUGAAAAGACAGUUUGGUACAAACUGCAAUGCUUUCCCUUCAUAUUUGCAUGAGCUCUUGUUCCACAACUGUUUUCAUGGAUGAUAUUUUCAAGAAUUUCCUUCUUAUCAUGGCGGGGAAAACUAUGCAUAAACUCACACACUUUUCUUUUUAUGCAUUAAAUUGUUUACAUUUUUCUGUUUUGAAAAUUAUUGAUGGUUUAAAUUUUUCUAUUUUAAAAGUUGUGUCUUAUAUUAUUUAUUUAUGUGCUGAAAUGAACAUAAAAAAUGUCUUAAAAACAUUUCCCCUUUCAAUAAUAGAAUUUGAUCUUAUCUGUAAAUGAAUAACUGUUUAAAAACCACUUCAAAUCGGAAAAUGCGAUUUAUGAAUAAUUAACAUUGAAGUUAUUCGAUUCCCAAAGGAUUAUUAUAUUCCACAAUUGUGUUCCAUUUCCGUACUUUUGUUUUGGAGGACAUCUUGGCCUACAUUUCAAUUGAUUUCUUUCCCAUUUAAAAUCGGUCAACUUUAAGAAAAUAAGUUAACUUUCAUCAUUAAGGUUAAGAUGAAUUUAAAUUUCUUAUCUGUUAUGUUUCAGGAUUAAUUAUGUGCAAAUAACUGCAUAAUGUUUAUGGACCGCACUGAGUUUGGUAACUCAAGCAAUGUGAAGAAGCCUUUCAUUCUCCCGACAUCAAUAACUCUUUAUAUUACUAUAAUUGAUGAUUCCAACUAACCUGAGUUAACAUUAUUUCACAUUCUUUGUCUUUUUUUCUCCUACAGGCACUCAAAAAAUCUAUGUUAAAACAUGGGGCUGUUCUCACAAUAACUCAGACAGUGAAUAUAUGGCAGGCCAGCUUGCAGCUUAUGGAUUCAAAAUUACAGGUUUCGCAACUUACAUCAUUGAUUUGUUUGUUAUUUUAAUUAUACUUUUUAAAUGGUAUUUUUUAAAAUGUGAAAACAAAAAUUUGUGAAAUUUUUAGAAAACAUAAUUUGACGACAAAGCUUAUUUUCAAUACUGUUUUGAAUGUAGAUGAAAAAGAAGAUGCAGACUUGUGGCUACUGAACAGCUGUACUGUCAAGAAUCCGGCAGAAGAUCAUUUUAGGAAUUCAAUCAAAGAUGCCAAAACUAAAGGGAAACUCUUGGUUCUGGCAGGAUGUGUUCCACAGGGUCAGCAGAAGUCAGAAUAUAUGCAGGUAUUUGAUGUGUUUACUGGGACAUCUAUAAUAAGAAUACAUACGAGAAUUUGUUGAACACAUUUGUUGAAGAAAGUGCCUCUAUAAUAAACCUGCUGUACAAAAUUAAACAAUCAGUUCUUCUCUGGUGAUUUAUGUACAGUAACUCUCUGGUCAUUUAUUGUACUGUAAUUCUCUGGUCAUUUAUGUACUGUAACUCUCUGGUCAUUUAUUGUACUGUCACUCUCUGGUAAUUUAUUGUACAGUAAUUCUCUGGUCAUUUAUUGUACAGUAACUCUCUGGUCUUUUAUGUACAUUAACUCUCUGGUCAUUUAUUGUACUGUAAUUCUCUGGUCUUUUAUGUACAUUAACUCUCUGGUCAUUUAUUGUACUGUAAUUCUCUGGUCUUUUAUGUACAUUAACUCUCUGGUCAUUUAUUGUACUGUAAUUCUCUGGUCUUUUAUGUACAUUAACUCUCUGGUCAUUUAUUGUACUGUAAUUCUCUGGUCAUUUAUUGUACUGUAAUUCUCUGGUCAUUUAUGUACUGUAAUUCUCUGGUCAUUUAUUGUACUGUAAUUCUCUGGUCAUUUAUGUCCUGUAACUCUCUGGUCAUUUAUUGUACUGUUAUUCUCUGGUCAUUUAUGUACAGUAACUCUCUUGUCAUUUAUUGUACUGUAAUUCUCUGGUCAUUUAUGUACAGUAAUUCUCUGGUCAUUUAUUGUACUGUAAUUCUCUGGUCAUUUAUUGUACAGUAAUUCUCUGGUCAUUUAUUGUACUGAAAUAGCAUUUAGGUUAAAAGAAAUAUCUGUAACAAAAUUGGAAUAUUAAAAUAUUUGGUCACCAACUUUUUAAGUAAUAGAAAUCAUCCCUCGCUUAUUUCAAAAUAUCAAGCCUAUAAAGUUAAAUGUAUUUGAAUCCCUUGCCACAUUUCAUCAGGGCCUCAGUGUCAUAGGCGUGCAACAGAUUGACAGAGUUGUUGAAGUAGUGGAGGAAACUUUUAAAGGUAAAUAAUGAAAUUUCAACUCUCAAUGACAUUUCAAGUUGACAUUUUCAUUGGAUUAUUUACUUCUUAAAAAUUGAUAUCUGAAUGAAUUUUUUUAUCCAUUUAAAUUUAAUUAUUAGUACAUCAACAUGGAAUUUUUUAACCAGAUAUGAAUAGAAACAAUUGAUUUGGAUAAAGAAUGUGAACUAAAACAAAACUUAAACCUUGACUCUAGUUAGUAAUUUGUUUUUGAACAGUACAUGAUGCCUUCAGUUAAAAAAAAUAAAUAAUUUAACUGACAUAUUAUUUUCUGUUGAACUAUACUUUUAUGAAAUAUGCUCAAAAGGUUUUUAAAGGAAUCUAGCAUUACUAGCAUAAAGAAAAGUUACCACAAACAAUAUGACUUUCAGAAAAGCCACCAUUUCCACACUGACAGGAGUGACAAAGUUUAUUUUUGGGGAGAUGUAAAUAUUUCUUUAUGAAAAAUUAUUUUGAGCAAUUUUGUUGAAUACUUGAACUUUACAAGAAACAAUUAUCGAUUAUUAUUGAUGACUUUAUUGUUGUUGGCCAGGUAACUCAGUGCGUCUCAUGGGCCAGAAGAAAUCAUCUGGUAAGAAAGCUGGUGGUGCUUCACUGAGUCUCCCGAAGAUUAGAAAAAAUCCCUUGAUUGAAAUAAUUGCCAUAAACACAGGGUGAGUGAUAUUGAAGACAUUCCUUUUAGAAGAAAUGUUACUUUUAAAUAUAUAAUGGUUACUGUUCCUUAAAUUAAAACCCUAGCCCAAAAUGUGUUCAUGGAUUAUAAUAAAGACACUCCUUUUAUAACACACGCUCCUUUGAAAUAAAAUGGGUACUGUUCCUUUGUUAAACCCUAGCCCAACACUUAUUCAAUGGCUCACAAAAUUUUCUCUAAUUAUUUACUACAUAACAACAACAAAAAAAGGGACACAUCUUUUGAAAUAGAAAUUCUAUAAAUCUUUCAACUGCAAUCUGUUGACAUCAAUAACAAAAAAAAAUAUUGCUUGCAAAGAAUGUAUCAACAGAUUUUUAAGAUGACUCUUUCUUUUAUUAUGUAUCAUUCUGUUGUUUUUUUUCCUUACUGUAUUAAAAGUAUGAAUCUGUGUGUUGAAUGGUGAGGACUUAAGGGUUAAGUGGGGAUUAUUGCCCUUAGAUUUCUCCACUCAUGAUGACUGUACUUGUGACAGGUGUUUGAACCAGUGCACGUACUGCAAGACAAAACACGCUCGUGGGGAUCUAGGAAGCUAUCCGCCUGAUGAGAUUGUAGAGAGAGCCAAACAAUCAUUUUCAGGUUUGUUGAUGUGAUUGUAGAGAAAACCAAACAAUAAUUUUCAGGUUUUUUGAUGAGAUUGCAGAGAGAGCCAAACAAUCAUUUUCAGGUUUGUUGAGAUUGUAGAGAGAGCCAAACAAUCAUUUUCAGGUUUGUUGAUGAGAUUGUAGAGAGAGCCAAACAAUCAUUUUCAGGUUUGUUGAUGAGAUUGCAGAGAGAGCGCCAAACAAUAAUUUUCAGGUUUGUUGAUGAGGUUGUAGAGAGAGCCAAACAAUCAUUUUCAGGUUCAUUGAUGAGAUUGCAGAGAGAGCCAAACAAUAAUUUUCAGGUUUGUUAAUGAGAUUGUAGAGAGAGCCAAACAAUCAUUUUCAGGUUUGUUGAUGAGAUUGUAGAGAGAGCCAAACAAAUCAUUUUCAGGUUUUUUGAUGAUAUUGUAGAGAGAGCCAAACAAUAAUUUUCAGGUUUGUUGAUGAGAUUGUAGAGAGAGCCAAACAAUCAUUUUCAGGUUUGUUGAUGAGAUUGUAGAGAGAGCCCAACAAUCAUUUUCAGGUUUGUUGAGAUUGUAGAGAGAGCUAAACAAUCAUUUACAGGUUUGUAUUAUUUACUGUAUGGAGUAGUCUGUUUUUAAAAUCUAUCAUUUAACUUGGCAUGAAGGAUAUCCUUCAAGCAACCAUACUUACCAACAUCUUUGAGAGUUGCAAUUUAAUAUUACAAAGAUUAUCCUUGUUAGAUUAAUCUGUAACUAUUUCACAUUUUCUUGACUGGUAUGUCAAGUUAAAAUUUAUCUAGUUUGGAAAAUAUAAUUUAGAUUCUGGAUGUCUUAAUGUAAUGCAGACCUGUUUACUCUUACCAUUUUGGUGUAUAAUGUACGAUUUUGAGGCAUAUACAUUAUAAAUAUCGUAUGUUAUUUUUUUUACUAUUAAGAUAAUGUAUUGAACUAUUUUGUGAUAAUAUUUUAAGAGUUUGAGGGUAAACAGGUCUGGUAAUGUAUUUGCAAAAUAAUGAUGACCUAAGAAAUUGAGUUUGUUUGUGCCUCACAAUUUUGACCUAAGAAAUUCAAUUGAUAGUAGCCUCCAGGUAGACUGAUAUAAAUGUUGUGAUACAUUUAAUUUGUUGCACAAUAAUAUUGUAGAGGUCGACAAUAAGAUUUUCUCAAAUGUUUGUAUCAUUACUUAUAAGUUAUGCUCUAUUGUUUCAGUUUUAAUAAUAUUCUAUACAUAAUUUUGCAAUUUACCAAGUGAAUUAUUUUGUCUUGCAACAGAGGGAGUAGUGGAACUUUGGCUAACCUCAGAAGAUCUGGGAGCUUAUGGUAGAGAUAUAGGUGUCAGCCUGCCAGAGUUGCUUUGGAAACUGGUGGAUGUGAUUCCAAAGGGAGCCAUGAUGAGACUCGGAAUGACCAAUCCUCCUUAUAUAUUAGAGCACUUAGAGGUCAGCACACUGACCAGUCCUUAUUUAAUAGAGCAACAGGUCAACACAUUAACCAGUUCUUAUAUAGGCUAUUAGAGCCACAGGUCAGCACAUUGACCAGUCCAUAUAAUAUAAGAGCAACUGGUCAGCACAUAACCAGUCCUUAUAUAUUAGUGCACUUACAGGUCAACCAAUUGACCAGUCCUUAAAUAUUACAGCUACAGGUCAGCACAUUGAUCAGUCCUUAUAUAUCAGACCACUUACACUUUUAUAUUAGAGUUAACACAUACAUUCAGCUCACAGAUAUAUUCAAGUUUGCUUUAUUUCAAGCAAUAUACGUUAUCAAAUCUAUUAAAUUGUUAGUCCAAAACUAUAAAAGCAGACUUCGAUGGAUUUGUAACUCACAACCAUUCUCUUAUUUUAAUUAUUCAGCUUUGAAUAAUUUAUCAAUGAUCUCCUGAUCUCAGCUUCAAAAGUCAUUAUUUUACUUCUUAGGAAAUCCAUGUUUCAUUGUAGCAUUGCUAUAAAAUGUGCUUAACUCCUGAAUAGCUAAGCCAACACUAAGUGAAUGUGUGCUCCCAAACCACCAGGAAAUGGCCAAGAUAUUGUGUCAUCCCCGUGUUUACUCUUUCCUUCACGUGCCAGUCCAGUCUGCCUCAGACGGCGUGUUGAUGGACAUGAGAAGGGAAUACUGUGCUGCUGAUUUCAUGCGUGUCGUGGAUUUUCUUAGGGAGAGGUCAACUAUUUUAAUCAAAUAUUUUUUUGCCUAAAAUUUUUUUUUAUUAUACUCUCAGUUGAUAUCUGUUUUUUUGUUUUUGUGCAGUUAUGACCCUUUAAAAGUUCUAUUUUAUAGUAAUAUAGAUAGUUAAGAACUGGAACUAAGAGUAUUUCUAAAUUAGCCAUGGUAUAAACGUCAGUAGCAAAGGUAUUUUCAGAGUAAAAAGGAGUAUACUACUGAGUCUUAAGAGCAGUGAGACAGAUGCAAGCCUUGUGAAAUACCUUAGCUUAUUUUAAUUAUUGGCUUAGGGAAAAGGAAAUUUACUUUUAAUAAGACUUUAGAUUUGCCAAAGUUGACUUUGAAUUUGUUUCACAUGCCUAGGGUGCCAGAUGUGAACGUUGCCACAGAUUUGAUAUGUGGUUUCCCAACAGAAACUGACCAGGUAAUGUUCAUCACACCUUGGUCUGUCAUGUGCUUUUAAUGCCUUGUAACUGUUUGCAGACAUGAGAAGUUAUUAAAGAAAACAAUCAUGAACAGGCUGUUCGAGGGUCUUUCUGAAUGGUUUGCCGAUAUCUUUGUUAUAACCCAGCAUUCCCUAAAGUUUUUGUCAGCAGAUGGCCUAGUUAUAACCUAGGAUUUCGGAAACAUUUUUGCGAUUAUCUGUCAACUUUUUGUAUAUAACUGAAACAAUUACUCAUCAUACAUGUUGGAGCUAACUUAAUCACUCAUCAUACAUGUAGCUAACUUAAUCACUCAUCAUACAUGUAGCUAACUUAAUCAAUCACUCAUCAUGCAUGUAUCUAACUUAAUCAAUCACUCAUCGUACAUGUAUCUAACUUAAUCAAUCACUCAUCAUGCAUGUAUCUAACUUAAUCAAUCACUCAUCAUACAUGUAUCUAACUGAAACAAUCACUCAUCAUACAUGUAUCUAACUGAAACAAUCACUCAUCAUACAUGUAUCUAACUGAAACAAUCACUCAUCAUACUUUGUUAACUAAUCAAGCUUGCUAUUCUUUUAUCCAGGAUUUUGAAGAAACCCUGGCUUUGGUCGAGAAAUAUAAGUUUGACAGCCUUUUCAUCAAUCAGUUUUUCCCAAGGCCUGGGACACCAGCUUUCAAGAUGCCAAGAAUCCCAGCUCAGGAUGUAAGUUUUGGGUUUGUUUCAGCUGUUUGAAUUGCUUUAGUGUUGUACCGCCUGGCCAAGAAUUUGAACCACCUGGCCAAGAAUUUGUACCACCCAAGAAUUUAUACCACCUGGCCAAGAUUUUGUAUCACCUAGCCAAGACUUUGUUAUAUUGAUUUCUGUAAAAGCUAGCUAAGAAUUUGUUAUUUUGAUUUCUGUAAAAGCUAGCUAAGAAUUUGUUAUAUUGAUUUCUGUAAAAGCUAGCUAAGAAUUUGUUAUAUUGAUUUCUGUAAAAGCUAGCUAAGAAUUUGUUAUUUUGAUUUCUGUAAAAGCUAGCUAAGAAUUUGUUAUUUUGAUUUCUGUAAAAGCUAGCUAAGAAUUUGUUAUAUUGAUUUCUGUAAAAGCUAGCUAAGAAUUUGUUAUAUUGAUUUCUGUAAAAGCUAGCUAAGAAUUUGUUAUAUUGAUUUCUGUACCGCCUGGUUAAGAAUUUGUUAUAUUGAUUUCUGUUGUUUUUCCGUCAAAAUCAACAAGGACCCUUGGGGUGUGUGAGUGUUCCAUGGUGAGUGAGUAGGUGGCUUGUUAGUCCGAUUCGUGCUCGGAGUAGUCUCUGGCACUGUUGGCGGGGGAUAGUUGCUGUAGGCCAAAGUUGUUGCCGGCCUCAGAGAAGAUAUCAACGCUGUUUUGCAUGGCUUGCAUGGCAGCUUCUGAGGCAGCGUUGACGGUGGAAUCGUUCGCACAAACAGAAGCUCAUUGAUGGUGUUAUGUUUGACCUUGAUGUUAGCUUGAAGCCUCCUAAGGUUGAGGACUGAUCCAUCUGUGCAGAAACAGAUUGGCAAGCGGGUGGUUGGAGUCCUCAUUGAUUUCUGUACCACCUAACCAAGCCUGUUAAAUUGAUUACGUACCACCUAGCCGAGACUUUGUUAUUUUGAUUUCUCUACCACCUAGCCAAGACCUUGUCAAAUUUAUUUCUGUACGAUCUAGGCAAGACUUUGUUAUAUUGAUUACAUAUCACCUAGCCAAGACCUUGUCAUAUUUUCUGUACCACCUAGCCAAGACUUUGUUAUAUUUAUUGUUAUACCACCGAGUUAAGACUAUCUUAUGCUUAGUAAAGCCUAAAUUGCAUUCUGUCUUUCUUCUGUAAAGUGAUGGUAUUAUAUUUUUGUACCCAAUAGGUAAAGAAGAGAACUAAGGCUGUGUCUGAACUGUUCCAAUCAUACCAUCCUUAUACACACAAGGUA